AUGCCCAGCUCGGAAGGCUACAGGUACUGCCUGACUUGCAUCGACCAAUUCUCUCGAUGGCCGGAGGUGAUGCCGCUCGUGGACCAGGAGGCAGUCACCAUCGCUCGCGCCUUCUACGAGGGCUGGAUAGCUCGAUUCGGCAUCCCACUCCGCAUCACCACCGAUCAGGGGAGACAAUUCGAAUCGCAGUUAUUCAGGCAGCUUAGCGCGCUAUACGGAGUAGCGCACCUCAAGACAACAGCGUAUCACCCAGCGGCCAAUGGGAUGAUAGAGCUACAUCGACAGCUCAAGGCAGCCAUCAAGUGCCACGAGAAGGACCAAUGGACAAAGGUUCUUCCCACCGUGCUGCUCGGCAUCCGGGCUGCGUGGCGAGAGGAUUUGGGAGCGACCACAGCCGACCUUCUCUACGGCGAGUCAAUUCGGUUGCCCGGAGAGUUCUUGGCUUCAAGAGCACUCCCAGAAGGCGACGCGGCCGAAUACGUCAAAGAUUUAAGGCAGCACUUCCGAAGACUCCGCCCGACAAAUGGCACCCGCCACGGCGAACGGCGGACCUUUGUGUUCAAAGAUCUCAGUACGGCGGACCAAGUAUUCGUGCGCCACAACGCACCUGGAGGAACCCUGCAGCGACCGUAUGACGGACCCUACAAAGUGGAAUGUAACCGUGUCGAUCGGCUGAAGCCCGCCUACAUCAUUUCAGAAGACGAGGAACCAGAGAAGGCUAGCUCGCUACCAAUCGAGCAGCGUUUGGAGAACCCCCCAAGUCCCAGCACAUCAUUGCAACCGUCCGUGCCAUCGGAGCUGGAUAACCCAGAAAAUUCAGCAAGGAGGACCGACCCACCAACCGCCCAGGAGCCGACUAAGACCGCUUUACGGCAAACCACACGAUCGGGCAGACGAGUGCGAUUCCCGGACCGACUUCAAGGCGGUUUCUCGUGA